UGCCCAUGUAUAUACAGAGAAUGACCCGUACAAUGAAGCUUAUAGCAAAGGGUAUAUCAUUAGCCACCGCAUUAGCGGGCACGAUGCCGGCUCAAGUGGUUGCCUCAAUUGAGAACCCGAAUCUCCUACCGACGCCGCCAAUGGGAUUUAACAAUUGGGCACGAUUCAUGUGCGAUCUCAAUGAGACCUUAUUUGUUGAAACAGCGGACGCGAUGGCCUCCAAUGGUUUAUUGGAAGCAGGAUAUAACCGGAUCAAUCUUGACGACUGCUGGAUGAACUACCAGCGCGCCGAGAAUGGAUCACUGGAAUGGAACAUCACAAAGUUCCCACGCGGGCUUCCCUGGCUUGGGGAAUACGUCAAAUCCAAGGGCUUUAACUUCGGUAUCUACGAGGAUUCCGGGAACCUGACUUGUGGCGGGUAUCCGGGAUCUUUGGGCUACGAAGAAAUCGAUGCAGAGACCUUCGCCGCCUGGGGUAUUGACUAUUUGAAAUUGGAUGGGUGCAACGUUUACCCAACAGAAGGCAGAACAUUACAGGAGGAAUAUGAAUACCUCUAUGGCCAUUGGCACGAGAUCCUCCGCAAGAUGGACAACCCCCUUAUAUUCUCCGAGUCAGCACCUGCGUACUUCUCCAUUACUGACAAUUACACUGACUGGUACACGGUCAUGGGCUGGGUUCCCGAAUAUGGCGAGCUGGCCCGGCACUCGGUUGAUGUUCUUGUGUAUAGUGGCGAAGGCAGUGCUUGGGACAGUAUCAUGACGAACUAUAGGUACAACACGCUUGUCGCACGGUACCAGCGCCCCGGAUAUUAUAACGACCCGGACUUCUUGAUUCCCGAUCACCCGGGGCUGUCGAUAGACGAACGGCGAUCUCAAUUCGCCCUAUGGGCUUCCUUUUCCGCGCCCUUAAUUAUCAGCGCGUAUGUCCCGGACUUGCCUUCAGAGGACAUUGACUUCCUGACAAAUCGAGCCUUGAUUGAGGUGGACCAGGAUCCAAAGGCUGAGCAGGCAACAUUAGCGAGUCGAGAUAGUAAUCUUGAUGUUUUGACGAGGAGCCUCGCAGACGGUUCCAGACUCUUGACAGUCCUGAACCACGGUAACCAACCGUCGCAAACGGAUAUCCCGCUAGAUGUUCUUGGUCUCUCCCCCGAUUGCACGUUCAAAGCCGAGGAUCUCUGGGAUGGAUCUACCCACACGAUCAAGGGUCACAUCCGCGUUAAGCUCAAUACGCACGCGACCGGUGUAUAUAAGAUACCUCUCAGCCAUGAAUGCUCUACAGUCAUACCAACCGGUAUCAUUUUCAACACGGCCUCUGGGAAGUGUCUAACGGGAAGUAAAUCAAUCGCCCAAUUUGAAACUUGCAACGGUAAGAGAUCCCAGAUCUGGCAGGUGGAAUCGUCAGGAGUCCUGCGACCAUUAUCCGAGCAAACAAAGUGCCUGACUGGGAGCGGUAAAGCCGUGUCGCUUGAAGCAUGCAAGGAGAGAAGUUCCCAGAAGUGGUCUUACGCAACCACAGGCAACUUGAAGAAUGGCGAGAGUGGUACUUGCUUGACUGAAGGUGAAGGCCUUGGUGUUUGUGGCUUUGAAGUAAAUAACCAGGUCUUUGGACUGCCGAGCGGUGUCAAUCUAUCAUGAGAAUUCGCCAAUCUUAUAUACAGUGCGGUAGAAAGGAGACCUCUCGAUAAUCCCGUCUAUUUCAAUAGAUAUGGCUAUACAUACAGGUAUAGUGUUAGCAUAGGUGUUGUUCAUGUUUCACGGAUAUGAUACGU